AUGUCUAUUUCUGAGGAUUACAAAUCAGUUGAUUUACCAUUUUCUCCUAGAAAGUUUUUGGAAAUAUCUCAUAAAGGCGAAGAACCAACAAAAUUUGAAGAAGGAAAUCUGUUAGAGUUAAUUUCUCAAGUUGAUGAAACAGAUGAGUCACUAGAGAAGCCAUUAUUGUAUUUGAAAAUGUAUGUUGAGUGUGCGUAUAGUGGUGACAGCACUCAGAAAUACGAAAUUUCCGAAAUUAUUGACAGAAAUGAUCUCCUCUUUUUCUUAUUAGAUCAUAUUCAAACUUCAAGUGACAAAAUGUUCAUGCAUAUCAUUGAUAUACUUGUUUUAAUGUAUUUAAUAGGUAAUUUAGAUUUCGAUAUUUUAUCGGAGGAAAAAAGAAAAUUGCUAUUUGAUAUCAUACUUGAAAGGUCAAUUGCAUAUUUAUACAAUAGUUUUUAUCUUUUAGCUGCCAUUAUUUCGAAAAAUAAUUUCGAAUUUGAUGAAAAUUCCAUUAUGAAUUUAGCAUAUCAAGAGAGAUUAGAUGAUAUUGUAUGGUUCUUGGUUGAAAGCUUUAAAACAAAUCCUCGAAAUUUCAAAGAAUUUGAACAAUUUUUUAUCCAAAUGCUUGAAACAAACAGAUAUCCAUCAUUAUAUGGAAUUUUCUUCUGUACACUUUAUGAUCUUCAAUUUACCAAUGAAAUUGCCACAUUAAACAUCUUUGACGAGUUUGUAAAUGAUGAAAAUGACGAAUGCCACGAAAUCCUGAAUUCUCUCAUAAAAAUAGUUAUAUACGGAUCAAAUGAUGAUAGUUUCAAUUUUUUUAUGACAAAAUUCCAUCAAAUUGAUGUAGAUCUUAAAAUUAAGUACUAUUUAGUUAAACACUGUCCGAGUAGAGCUAGAAAGAUCAUAACUGAUGAAGAAAUUGAAAUGAUUAAAGAAUUAUCUGUUGAUGGAAAGUUUGAUGAUAAACAAUACGCAAUUAAACUUCUGAUCAAGUUAGUAGAGUAUAGCAUUGUAGAUUGCAUCAGUGUUUUACCUAUUUUCAAUGAGAUUUUUCAUUAUUAUGAAAAUUAUCAAGUUUUAGAAAGAAUUAUAAAUUUAGUAACUGACAAAUUAAGGCAAACUUAUGGUUCAGAAGAAAUCAGCCAAUCUCUGACUUUCUUUGGCAAUAUCGAAGAGUGUUUUGAUGAUAUUAUCGAAGAUGCUGAUGAUUCAUUAAUAGAAAGUAUAGAAGAACUUGAUAAAGCAAUUAAUGAUAUUAAACUUGAACAAAGUUUAUAA